AUGAAGGUGUGCCGCGGCCGCGGCAUGUCCCGUCGGGAUCCGUCGCCGCCGCGGGCGAGCGGGACGCAGCCGAGCCAGCCGCCGUCGGGCUCCUCGAACAGCUCCUCCUCGGGCACGCUCAGCUCCCUGGAGACGCUCCCCGCGCACGACCUGCCCGCCAUCCCCGAGGACCAGGAGGAGGGCGACGCAGCGGAGGAGGCAGCCCGGCCGUGGGGGCACCUCUUCGGUCUGGCCGGGGGCUUCCUCGACUGCGUCUGCCUGAAGGACGAGUAUUGGUUCGGACGCGAUCCCGGCUGCGACUACAGCUUUGCCAGGCUGGAUCUGCCCAGGGGGGAAACCUACCGGCAGUACAGCAAGAGGCAUUUCCGCAUCUUCAGAGAACCGGGACCUCGGGGCUGCUUUGUGACUUACCUGGAAGACCAAAGUGCAAACGGGACCUUUGUCAAUGACCGUGUGGUGGGCAAGGGCAGGAAGAUUCCUCUGGCCCAUGUGGCCAAAAUUGCCCUUUCACUGCCCCACAACAAAGUGUUUGUGUUCUCUGACUUGGAGGUUGGGCAUCAGCUGGAAUACCCCAAGGACAUGCAGAAGAAAUACAUCGUCUCAAAGACACUGGGCAGUGGGGCCUGUGGAGAGGUGAAGUUGGCCUUUGAAAGGGACACCCAUAGGAAAGUUGCCAUAAAAAUCAUAAGGAAAUCAAAGUUUAUGACUGACGUUUUGCCAGAAACGCAGGACAAGCCCUUUAAUGUUGAGACAGAAGUGGGAAUCUUGAAGAGAAUCAACCAUCCCUGCCUAAUCAAGAUAAUAGAUUUCUUUGAAGGAAAAGACUUUUACAUUGUGUUGGAAUUGAUGGAAGGUGGGGAACUGUUUGACAAGGUUCAGCGACCAGCCCGGCUGAGUGAAAGAACUUGCAAACUUUAUUUUUACCAGAUGUUGUUGGCUGUGCAGUAUCUUCACAAACAUGGCAUAAUUCAUCGGGAUUUGAAAUUGGAGAAUGUGCUUUUAUCAUCUAGGGAAGAGAACUGCCUUGUCAAGAUUACAGAUUUUGGGCAAUCCAAGAUCAUUGGAGAAACUUCUCUUAUGCAAACAUUAUGUGGCACUCCUGACUACCUUGCUCCGGAGAUUCUACAUUUUGCUGGAACAGCUGGAUAUGGACGGUCUGUGGACUGCUGGAGUCUUGGAGUGAUUCUCUUUAUGUGUCUUUCUGGCUACCCACCUUUCUCCAAGAAAAGUGCCCGGCUGUCUCUGACAGAGCAGAUCACCAGCGGCAACUACUGUUAUGUUGAAGAAGUAUGGAAGGAUGUAUCCAGAGAUGCUUUUGACCUGGUUCAGAAGUUUCUAGUUGUGGACCCCACCAGGCGCUUGAACAUAGAAGAGGCCUUGGAGCACCCCUGGCUGCAGGAUGAACAUAUGAGGCAUACUUUUCAACAGUUGCUUACUCAAACACAGGACACGAGAGUUAAACCCGAGCCUCUGACUUUGGGACUCCCAGACAGAAAAAGAGACUUCCAUGAUGAUGAUGAGAAGGCUGGACCUUCCAAGAAGCAGAAAGUGCAGCCCGGGCCUUGAUUGCUCAACCCCCCCCUCCCCUUUUUUUAUACACUGUAAUAAAACUUGACACCCAGGGCUUUGAUGCCCCUUUUUCAAGCCCCCCCCCUUUUUUUAUACACUAAUAAAACUUGAAGACCCA